UUAUGCGGAACGCCCAACGUUCGAACCGGAAAACAGUUCUAAACAGAGCUAAUCAUUUCCGCUUCUCACUUCCGUACACAGUUUGACAGCAGCGGUAGGUAAUCUCCUCUGAGGUAACUUCUAAGUGUCGCUUAUUAUAAUAUUUUUUUUAAUUUCUGGUCAAACUUUAGAGCAUUUGUUGUAAUUAAAAUGUCACGAAUGAUAACAUAUCAAAAACGGGAACACCUAAACAACAGCUUUUGCUGUGUGCCGAGCUGCUCUGUGUCGGGGAGAUUUAACUCUGUCGUAAGUUUCCACCAGUUUCCGAAGGAUGAGACAGUCAGGGCGAUAUGGGUCAGAAACAUUAGGCGUGAUCGUUUUGUUAUAAGGAGACACACCACUGUCUGCAGUCGGCAUUUUAUGCCAGAAGAUAUCAUUGAAGGGGGCCGACGCCGUUUGAAACCCAGCGCGAUUCCGGUGUUGUUCGCCUGGAAUAACUUCAGCCUGCCGGUCGCUCGAACAAGCGUGUGGCAGAGGAGACAGCGGCAAGAGGAGGAUGAGGGUGAAGGUGGGGAUGAGGAGCCGAUCGAUGCCAGCGUGUCUUUGAGGUGUCAUGACUAUGACAGCAGACCCGAACCUUCUUUUCUGGACCUGGCCUACGAAAAGAUUAGCGCACAGCAGCAGGCCAUCUCGGAGCUACGGAGGCGACUGGAGGAGGUGUCGUUGAGGCAGGUCUUUGGAAUAGAAAGGUACAAGGCCUCCGAUGAGGACAUCAGGUUUUUCACAAGAUUUGCCGGCUACCGGCAUUUCAAUGCAUUUUGGUUGCAUCAGGUUGAACCUGUCACAAGGAGAAUUGUCCGUGUUGGACAGUCAUCCACAGUUUGUGAUACGACUGCUGACCCGCCACGUAGACCAACCCGUUGUCUACCACUGAUUGAUGAGCUGUUCCUCUUUCUGGUCUAUCUGUCUCUGGGUCUGAAGGAGAGGGAUCUGGCGGACCGCUUCAACAUACAUCAGUCUACUGUUAGUAGAAUAAUUAGAACCUGGGCUAAUUUUCUCUACACGGUUUUGGGUGCUGUGGGCAUUUGGAUGGCCCCUGAUGCAGUCCGUGCCAUGAUGCCUAGCGAGUUUGAAAGGUACUCUGACACACAGGUGAUAUUAGACUGCACUGAACUCAAAUGUCAAACCCCUUCCUCACUCCUUUUGCAGAGUGAGAUGUACUCCCAGUACAAAUCACAUACAACAGUAAAGGGAAUGAUUGGUGUGUCCCCACACGGUGCUGUCACCUUUGUGUCAACAUUGUACUCAGGUUCUAUUAGUGAUAAAGAACUGUUUAAGCAAUCUGGAAUCAUCCCUUUACUAGAUGAAGACAUGGCUGUAAUGGUUGAUAAAGGCUUUACAAUUGAUGAUUUAGUACCGGGAAAAGUACACAGACCACCUUUUCUGGGAAAGAACUCUCAACUGUCUCGUGAAGAUGUUUUAGCUACUCAAGAAAUUGCGCGGCUGAGAAUACACGUGGAAAGAGUGAUUAGGCGCAUCAAACAGAAUAAAUUGUUUGAUUCCAUCAUCCCUCUGACUAUUGCUGGUAGUAUCAACCAGCUUUUUGCAGUAGCCUGCCUUCUAUCGAAUUACCAGAACAAGCCACUGGUCAAGGCUUGGGCCAAAUAGAUGAUCUACCAUUUACCAUUGUACAUAUUGUAAAUAGUACAUGAAGUAUAAUUAAAUGUUUGCAGAAAAUAAUUUUAAUUUUGUCAAAUAAAUGUUGUGCCAAGUACCUAACGUCUGUUAGAAGUCAGGUACUUGGGCAUAUAAAUAUUGAAAAAAAACCUGUCUGC